AUGUCGGAUGAUGAUGACUAUGGCGACGGAUACGAUGACACAGAAUUCCUAAACGCAGCUACUCAGGUCGAAGUUGAGAAGGAAAACACGCCUGCAUUCCGGCCAUCGCCACGACCAACCAAACGCCGCAAAGUCAGCCAAGCAUGUGAGAAAGCCAAGCCCAUUCCAUCCAGGAAGACACCGGUUCGACGACGGCAACCUUUCGCAGCAUCAUCUAAUCACGACGAAUCCGAUGUCGCAGCGGACAAUGAGUCAUUUGGUGUAAAUGGCAAAGAUGAUUCGCCUGCGACAAGUGAAGAGCCACAAGAAAAACAGCCUUCUAGUCGUAAGAAAAGGGCUGCGUCCAAACAACAAAACGAUGUUGUUGAUGAGGAUGAGGAUGCAUCGCCUGCAAGAACAACAAUUGCCCAGAAGAGGCGAGACCGCAUACAUAUACCGACAACGGAACUGGACAUGACAGACAUCUUCUUCACCCAACCGCCACAAGAGCAUUCUCCACCGUGGAAGCCUAGAGGUGCAAUAUGGGCAAAGCCGACCAGCAUCGGAGUACACAAACCUUUGGCAGAGCCUACGAAAUGGACUGGGUUGGAUGCAAUGAAGACAAUGGCUUUGCCUGGGAGGCAGUCAAUCUCAUCGCGACCUAAGGCAAUAACUCCAGUCGCUGUGGACGAGCCCGAAUCGCCUAUUGAGGACGACCGAAUUCUUCAGUCGCCUUCGAUAAUUGGCGCACAAGUGGCCUACGACUACGCGCAAGAUCUGGCCGAUCUACCAUCUGACGCCUUCUCAUCGUCAACAGCUUCACCGCAAAAGCAGGACGACGAUGGCGAUAUUAUCAUGCUAGCAGAGAGUCGAAAGAGGAUAGCGCCACCUCAGGGCAGCCUACGACAGACCACCUUGUUUGGGCGGCAGGGUGCUAGUGGUCAGAUCCCGCCAUCACAGGCGAACAAGCGUUACAACUUUAUUGUUGAUCAGAGACAAGAACCUCCGACGCAUCACAAGCUGGAUCACGAAGCCUUGAAAACUUGGGUAUAUCCAACAAAUCUUGGGACAAUUCGAGACUACCAGUUCAACAUCGUUCAGCGAGGAUUGUUCCACAACCUUCUCGUUGCCCUGCCGACUGGUCUUGGAAAGACUUUCAUCGCAGCGACGAUCAUGCUAAAUUGGUAUCGGUGGACAACAGAGUCACAGAUUGUGUUUGUUGCGCCUACGAAACCGCUCGUUUCCCAACAGGUUGGAGCCUGCUUUGGAAUUGCUGGUAUACCCCGUUCAGCUACGACCAUGCUUACAGGAGGCAUCCAACCAGGGCUCAGAUCGGAGGAGUGGAAGAGCAAACGAGUAUUUUUCAUGACUCCCCAGACAUUGCUGAACGACCUGAAAAACGGGUAUGCCGAUCCGAAAAAGAUUGUCCUACUUGUAGUUGACGAGGCGCAUCGAGCAACUGGGUCCUAUGCGUAUGUGGAAGUAGUGAGCUUUUUGAGACGCUUUAACCAAAGCUUUCGUGUCUUGGCUCUUACAGCUACACCGGGCGCGGACGUCGAGUCGGUUCAGAAGGUUAUCGACGGGCUGGACAUCUCGAGAGUUGAAAUUCGAACAGAAAACUCGAUGGACAUCUGCAACUAUGUACAUCAGCGCACAGUUGAAAAGCGCGUCUUCCAGAACAGCGAUGAGAUGGAGAUGUGCAUGGACUUGUACAGCCAAGCUCUACAGCCAUUAGUCAAUCAAGUGGCUGGAUUGGGUGCAUACUGGAGUAACGACCCUCGAACUUUAACUCCUUUUGGUUGUACGCAAGCAGCAAGCAAGUGGACGAACGAAGCGGGACGCCAUGCCAACCCAGGCGUGAAGAACAUGGUCCGCACUAUUUUGACUCUACUAGCUUCUAUUGCCCACGGAAUGGAUUUGCUCAAGUUUCAUGGUAUGGCACCGUUCUACACCAAACUGAAAGACUUUAGAGACGAUAGCCAUAAAACGAAGUCAAAGUAUAGGAAGCAAGUUCUCGACAGCGACGCAUUCAAGAAGCUCAUGGCGCGGCUGGACACUUGGGUCAACGACGAGAAUUUCGCCGGCCACCCCAAACUCGAGUAUGUGCAAGAGUGCAUUUUGGAGCACUUUGUCAACGCAGGCGAAGGGCCAAACGCUUCUCAAACCAGGAUUAUGGUGUUUGCUCACUUCCGUGACAGCGCCGAGGAGAUCGUUCGCAUACUCAAGAAACACGAGCCCAUGAUUCGGCCCCGUGUAUUUGUUGGGCAGUCAACAGCAAAAAACUCCGAAGGCAUGAAUCAGAAGGAGCAACUGGAAGUCAUCGACAAGUUCAAGGCGGGCACCUUUAACACUCUUAUCGCCACCUCCAUUGGUGAAGAAGGUCUGGAUAUUGGCGAAGUUGAUCUCAUCAUUUGUUACGAUUCAAAAGCAUCGCCAAUCCGCAUGUUGCAAAGGAUGGGACGUACUGGUCGCAAGCGUGAAGGAAAGAUUAUCAUGCUUCAAAUGCAGGGCAAAGAAGAAAAUGACGCGAACAAGGCGAAGGACAGUUAUGAAAAGAUGCAAGAGCUUAUUGCCAAUGGGUCACACUUCACCUUCCACGACGAAAUCUCGCGACGGAUUGUACCAUCCGACGUCAAACCUGUUGUUGAUCGCCGAGCUAUCGAGAUACCUCCGGAGAACUCGCAGCAGGGUUGGCUGCCAGAGCCAAAGAAGAGUGGUCGAACGAAGAAGCCACCCAAGAAGUUCCACAUGCCGGAUGGGGUGCUGACCGGUUUCGUCACCGCGGGGUGCAUGGGUGAAGAGAUCGUCCCGAAAGGACGCGGUAAGAAAGCGCCAGCCAUCAUGUACCCUAGCGAGGAGGUGCUCGAAGUGCCGUCGCUCGAGUUAGUCUUACUGGAUGGAUCGGCGACAAACGAUCUAGAAAGACGCUUCCAAACCGUUUACGACGACGAUGAUGCCCCAAUGGUCGGCGCUCUAGACCUUAGCCAGCAUGCAGAUCAUCAACGGACCUUGACCCACACAGAGCUUUUGUCAAGACCUGGGCAGAAGACACGGAACUUUGUUUCAACUAUGCAGCGAAUACAUGCCAUGAACAGCGACCGUAUAGAAUUGUUCAAGCGAAAUCUCCACCACUCUGACUACGAGUCAGACUGUGUAGGCGAUGAUGUUCUCACAGCAAACACAGACUUGCGACCCCUCAUAUGCGAAGACAUGUGGGCUGAAGACGGCCCUACGUCGGAAGAACUCACCACGACAAAAGCAAAGCCUAAAGCCAAGUCAAAGGCACCGCCUAAGCCCAAGGCCAAAUCAGUGCCUAAACCGAAGACGAAGGCACCGCGAGAAACGCCAGCUCCUCGCGGCCGCCCACGUAAGGAAACUGCCGCCACCGCUGCUGCAGUGGAGACGCCGAUCCGUCCGCCAAAAGCAAAAAGCCAGACACCAAGGACAAGGACACCCAACUGGAAGGUGUCGGCUCUGGCAGGAGAAGGCGAAGAAUCAUCUCCACCACCCACGGACCCGCGGUUCUGUGUUGCCUCCCAGGCUGAUACAAUAGGCUCGGAUGAUACCAAUGACGGCGAAGAGGAGGAUCCAUCGCUUUGGAAGUUAGACUCUGAGCUGAACAGUUUUAUCGUCGAUGGGACAGUUGAAGAGGAGGACGAAGUUCCAGCAUCAAGCCUCCCUGGUCUUGACUUCAACGGUCUUGGAAAAGCUACCCAGGCAAUGAUUAGAUCCGCCACUAAGCCUAAGAGGUCUGUAAAAGCUGAGAAGCUGUUCACGAGCGACAUCACAGACGACGAUGCAGUGGUGAGUAGUGAUAGUGAUGACGAUGCACCAUUGGUCAAGCUAGGCGGAGAUGCGAACGGAAAGCUAGCUUUCGUCGUAGCCUCCGACUCAGAAGAGGAGUCUGCUCCUGUUGUGCCAAGGAAGAGAGCGCGCAGAGUCAUUGACGACGAUGAAGAUGACGAAUGA